ACAGUUUUCUCUCCAGUCGAAGCUCCUGACUUCCUGAAGAUGUCUGGACGCGGGAAAGGCGGCAAAGGCCUGGGGAAAGGAGGCGCCAAGCGGCACCGCAAGGUCCUGCGGGACAACAUCCAGGGCAUCACCAAGCCCGCGAUCCGGCGGCUGGCCCGGCGCGGCGGCGUCAAGCGCAUCUCGGGGCUCAUCUACGAGGAGACGCGCGGGGUGCUGAAGGUGUUCCUGGAGAACGUGAUCCGCGACGCGGUCACCUACACGGAGCACGCCAAGCGCAAGACGGUCACCGCCAUGGACGUGGUGUACGCGCUCAAGCGCCAGGGCCGCACGCUCUACGGCUUCGGCGGCUGAGCGGGGCCCCCCCAGACCCACCUGUUGGGUCUCUGCCGUCCACCCACCCCAAAGGCCCUUUUCAGGGCCAUCAAAGCACCCGGAAGGGGCUGCGAACACUUGGAAAUCGGGCUAGGGUUGCGCUUGGGGACCCUCCUUUGUUCUGCUCUGCGCUCGGGCAUCCCAGCGUUGCUGCGUUGUCUCGUGUGCAGAUUAGGCCGCGUGGGUGCAGUUCCUCCUCCUCGGCGAUGGCGGCCGAGCGCUGUCAGUCCACGGUUGCUUUUUGGGGACCACGCCAAAAGGCGGCACGGAGCCCCGGGGUGGGAGGGGCUCCCUCCCCGGAGGGAGAAGGCAGGGGCAAACUGAGGGAGCACGGGGGCCGAGGCUUGGAACCCCGCAGUAAAGCGACCCUGCAGCUGUUCCCGGCGUCUGGGGGGCCACGGGCAGCAUCCGGGGGCUACCGUGGCUGGGGCUGCCCUAAGUCCCCCUGUUGGAGCUCCUCGUGUGCUGAGUUACAGGCCGUCUUCUGUUCUCAGCACCCAGGUGGGGUACCUCACAAUCCCUUGUAACUCCGGCUUCCUUAGGACCCCUGCUCGGGUCUGCAAACCCGUUCUUCGUACACGGAACUAAAAACGUAGUUUUCAGUGCCGUAGCUGAGGGAAUAGGAGACAUUCCUGGGGGUCCCGCAGCAGGAAACCUGGCGAUUCAUUUGUCUCCUUUUAAGUGCUUUCUACAUGGCAGGUAAUUGGUGCCAGUUCCCACCACAUUUAUUUUAAGCGUUGUUAAUGACCACUUCAGUAGCUGUGGACGCAAUGGAGCCUCUAUUUGAACUCGGCCCUGUGAGAUUUUGCACAGCUUCAUUUUAUGUGCAAUUUUUUUUUUUUUUUUUUUUUAACCAGACAAGAUCUUCUGCCCGUUUGCUGACGAUUUACUUGUACCAUUAUUAGUCUAAUGAACUCCUUUUUUUUUUUUUUUUUUUUUUUUUUUGUUUUGUUUUGUUUUAUUUGUUGUUUGUUUUUCUAGACAGGCUGUUUAUGUGUAGCCUUGGCUGUCCUAAACCUUGCUGUGUAGACCAGGCUUGACUCAAGCUCGGAAAUCCACCUGCCUCUGCCUGGAAUCAGAGGCAUGCGCUCCCAGUCAGGCCUGGCCUAUAACUCAUUUUCUUAAAGCAAGUGAAAAAGAAGCUGCUAUUUUUCUAUCUUGAGAAAUAUUUUCAGUUACAGUUACUUAGUUUUUACUUUCUUGUAAAGUCACAUGUUUUAUCAAAUUUAUUAAACACAAAAAUGUAAUAAAAAUGU